GUGUUGGUUAAUCGAAACUUUGGUUUGGUCAGCUUUGGUUAAUAUUGAUCAAGAUGUUGAAGUGAAAGGCAAGGACGCGAUCAACUAUAUCGGCGGUUUUCGUUCGUACUUUCAAUGAAAAAACAGACUAUGAAGGACUGAAGUCUUUACCAAAACACCAGUCAAUUCCAUGCUCAAUUCGACGAUUGAAUUCUUUUUGCCAUUACGUAUAUGUUCUUCGAAUAUACACAAAUAUUAAUUUAAUGCUGUAUGAUAAAAUGCAAAAGUAUCGGAUUUUGGGCAAGAAAGGUGAAGGCACUUUUUCGGAAGUGCUGAAGAUCCAAAAUGUGCGCGAUGGCUCGUAUUUUGCUUGCAAAAAAAUGAAACAGCAUUACGACAGUCUAGAACAGGUGAACAACUUACGUGAAGUGCAAGCCAUGCGUCGUCUAACUCCUCAUCCAAAUGUCAUUGACUUGAAAGAAGUAAUCUAUGACCGAAAAAGUGGCCAUUUAGCGUUGGUUUGUGAACUUAUGGACAUGAACCUUUACGAAUUUAUUAGGGGAAGAAGGCAGUAUUUACCAGAAGAGGAAGUGAAAAGUUACAUGUAUCAAGUUUGUAAAUCAAUAGAUCACAUGCAUAGGAACGGCAUAUUUCAUCGAGAUGUGAAACCUGAAAAUAUAUUAAUAAAGAACGACAUUGUAAAACUGGCUGAUUUCGGAUCCUGCAGAAGCGUUUAUUCCAAGCAACCGUACACAGAAUACAUCUCAACUCGAUGGUAUCGUGCCCCAGAAUGUCUUCUGACAGAUGGUUAUUACUCUUAUAAAAUGGAUAUUUGGAGCCUGGGAUGCGUAUUCUUCGAAGUACUCAGCCUGCAUCCAUUGUUUCCUGGUUCAAAUGAAGUCGAUCAAAUCGCCAAAAUUCAUGAUGUUCUAGGAACGCCUCCACAAAACGUUCUCAAUAAACUUACAAAUAAAUCUCGAAGCAUCAAUUUUCAAUUUCCUCUAAAGCAAGGAACAGGGAUACGUAAACUCCUACCUCAUGUCUCGAUGGAAUGUGUAGAGUUAAUCGAACUCAUGUGUGCUUACGAUCCAGAUGACAGAAUUUCCGCAAGGCAGAUUCUACGAAAUCAUUAUUUCAAGAAACAAAAGGAUGCAGAUAGAAAGGCAGCGGCCGCAGAGAAAGACAAAAAUAAGUUGACGGACCAACAAUCCAAAAUAAAUACUUCAACACUCAACAAACAUAAAACACAUCGAAGAACAAAGAAAAAACUGCCACAUGACGACAUGCAACAAAAACCGAGUCUUUUAGGAGAAAAACAUUUUCUUCCACGAAUUACGGGUGCCACACGGACAAAUAAGACGAAUACAGUUAAGUUUACAAGAACAUUUCCAACAAUUGCUAACAUUCAACCUACAGACAACACAUCAAAGGUAAUCAUUAUUCAUUGCUUAACGUGUGUUCAAGAAGCACAGAAUACUGACUUACGGAAGGUCAAAUCCAGUGAUUUUGUCUAAGCAUUGAUUUCUCACUCACAGUCACUCAGCCAGUGCAAAAUACCUCCAACACAUUCAAAAUGGCUGACGGAAGAUUUUAACGACAAACUAUCAUGGGGGAAGGGAAUAGUUGCAUCUGUUUUCUACUCUGCCUGAGUGGCGAAUCAUUGGCGUAUAACGCUUACACAAAAAUCACUAGUUACAAACGUUUGUAAGUUAGCAUUUUGUGCUGUAACUGUAGUUUUAUUGCAAUACGUUGAGGCAAUUCUAACGUUAACCAACGCGAAAGAAUCCAUUAAAGACACCAUUAGGGCUUUUUCCAAUUACGUACGUGGUGAAUUUGAAACUGACUUAGAAGGUACCCGAGGCGCGAGGGAGCCUCAAUGUCUGUUUGCAACCUGCCCCAGUUUGCCUCAUUUGUGCCUUAGGGAAUGU